GCUUACAGCCGCGGGAGGUCCGGACAGAGGCGGCCAUGGGACUCGAGGAGUCUGCGCUGAAAGGAGGGCACUCGUGGAGGAAAGGCCUACAUAACUAAAAGGGGCUCAGAAAAGAGAAGGGAGCAGUUUGAGUGUCAGCAUUCUUGACUAAGGAAGGAGAAGCUGGAUGGUCUGCAGCCUGAGUUCCAGAUGACCGAAGACACAUUUCUUAAUUGGCUUGUUUUGAGAACUGAUGCCUGAACCACGUCAGUAUGGCCAAUAGAAGACGAGGUGGGCAUGGCCAGCCUCCCUCAGUGAAGCCAUCCCGGGUUAGCCCUCGAAGUCUUUCCACCAACAGGACCUCCACCCACAAUAUAUGCAUGGUGUCUGACUUUUUCUACCCAAACAUGGGAGGUGUGGAAAGCCACAUUUACCAGCUCUCUCAGUGCCUCAUCGAGAGGGGGCACAAGGUCAUAAUCGUCACCCAUGCAUACGGAAAUCGAAAGGGCAUCCGUUACCUCACCAAUGGCCUCAAAGUUUAUUACUUGCCUCUCAGAGUCAUGUACAACCAAUCUACAGCCACGACUCUCUUUCACAGUCUGCCAUUGCUCAGGUACAUAUUUGUUCGGGAGAGAGUUACCAUAAUCCAUUCCCACAGUUCUUUUUCUGCCAUGGCCCAUGAUGCCCUCUUCCACGCCAAGACAAUGGGGCUUCAGACAGUCUUCACAGACCAUUCCCUUUUCGGAUUUGCUGAUGUCAGCUCGGUGCUCACAAACAAGCUUCUAACUGUGUCUCUCUGUGACACAAACCACAUCAUUUGUGUCUCUUAUACUAGUAAGGAAAACACUGUCCUAAGAGCAGCACUGAAUCCUGAAAUAGUGUCCGUCAUUCCUAACGCUGUAGACCCUACUGACUUCACUCCAGAGCCAUUUAGGAGGCAUGAUAGUGUAAUAACUAUUGUUGUUGUCAGCAGACUUGUUUACAGAAAAGGGACUGAUUUGCUUAGUGGUAUAAUCCCUGAACUCUGUCAGAAAUACCAAGAAUUAAAUUUCCUAAUUGGAGGAGAGGGGCCAAAGAGAAUCAUUUUGGAAGAAGUGCGGGAAAGAUACCAACUACAUGACAGGGUGCAACUUUUGGGCGCUUUAGAACACAAGGAAGUUAGAAAUGUCUUAGUUCAAGGACAUAUUUUUCUUAACACCUCCCUCACUGAAGCAUUCUGCAUGGCAAUUGUGGAAGCCGCCAGUUGUGGUCUGCAGGUUGUCAGCACGAAGGUUGGUGGCAUUCCUGAAGUCCUUCCGGAAAACCUUAUUAUUUUAUGUGAGCCUUCAGUAAAAUCUCUGUGUGAAGGCCUGGAAAAAGCUAUUUUCCAAGUGAAGUCGGGAACGUUGCCAACUCCAGAAAAUAUCCACAAUGUGGUAAAGGCUUUCUACACCUGGAGGAAUGUGGCAGAGCGAACUGAGAAGGUGUACGAGCGUGUGUCCAAGGAAACUGUGUUGCCAAUGCACAAGAGAUUGAACAGGCUCAUCUCUCAUUGUGGCCCAGUGACAGGCUACAUUUUUGCUUUGCUGGCGGUGUUCAGCUAUCUCUUCCUCAUUUUCCUGCAGUGGAUGACUCCAGACUCUAUCAUUGAUGUUGCGGUAGAUGCUACUGGGCCACAGGGAGCCUGGAUGUAUCAGUGUCCUUGUGAUAAGAAAGGAGAUGAGAAUGAUAAGGUGUCCAAAAGCAGGUAGAAGCAGGCCCAAGUCCACAAGUCUUAGCCUCUUGCAAUACUCCUGUUAGCAUUUGAACAUUACCUUGCUCUUUUGUGUUUGGGCUUCAGAGUUGGUUUAGUAAAUUAUGCUACCUCUGUAUCAUUCACUAUUUUUGUUUUCUGAAGAAAGGUAAACACUUAUGCAAUUCCUGAGUGUGGAAAAUCCUUGCACUUCUUAAGAUUUUGGGGGAGAAUGGUCUAACCACUCAGGCCUGACGUUUUUCAGAUGACUGAGAUCCCUCUAGCAGAGAUGUUUUAACAUUAUAUUUUGGGAGCCUUGGGUGCUGAAAGGCCAAACGUUUCUGGAUCUUUUCUGGCCAGUUUUAAACAUUAUCCCAUUCAUUCACCUUUACCAGAUGUUUACAAGCUUUCUUUAGGGAGGUACAACAGUUGUGUGAACGGUUUUCAGUCCAGUUCAUGUAACCUUCAUUGAGCAUUGAUGUCAUGUUCUUAGACACCUACUGGGUCCACUCAAGGGUUACACGUAAUCUGGUUUCUUGAGCAAGACCACUGAUUGUUUGCUGAGACUAAGGACUAGUGAACCUGAACUGGUGAAACAGCAAACAUGCCAAAUGCUCAAGCUACUGAACGUCAGGAGAUCAUCACUGGUGUGCUCCAAGUACCUCUCUGAACCGGUUUUAUGCAUUCUCUUAGGAAGAGCCCUUAUCUGCGUGCGUGCGUGAGUGCGUGCAUGCGUGCGUGCCUGUGUGUGUAUUUGUGCAUGUGUGUAUGUAUGUGUGUGCAUGUGAAGAAAUGUUGAUUUUUAAGUUCUACGGACCGAUACCACUGUUGACCCUAGUACAGGCCCAUCCUCUGCUUUUGUAGUGCCCAGUUAAGUCCCCGGAAACACCUUUGUGGUUUCUGAGCAGAACAGAAGAGGUAUACCAUCUCAAAACCAGCUGCUAUCCUGUCUUCUGUAUAGAAGUCCCUCCCUGUCGCUAUGGCCUAACUGAUUUCUGAUAAGUGUUGCCAGGGUACAGAGAGGUUUUCCUCCAGAAUGGUUUAUUUAUAGAGUAUCAAGUCUGCAAGGUAUCAGAGAACACAGUCCCUUUGUGGGUGGAAUUUCUCAGUCAUAGUCACGCCAUCUAGAGCCAUGGGUUGUUGCCUCCCAAAUUACCUAUGAUAUGUAUUAUUAAGCCUUUUGCAUGGGUUUUUGUGGGAAAAGGAUGAUAUAAAAAGCAGCAAGGCGCUUGUGGGCAUUCAAUUCUGUCAGUAUUGUGAUUCUGUACAGGAUUUUUUUAAUGACAUUUGUAAACCUUUUUAAAGAGUAUCUUAACAUGCCUAUUUCCUGGUUGCCAUGAAUAUAAAAGAGAUAUAUUUGUGUUUUGUUUAUAUGAAAACACAAAUGCUAGAGAGUACUUUUUAAAAUGCGGAAGUUAGGGCAGGGCUUCUUUUAUUGGAGAUAAAUGACCUGGUCCAAACUGUUGAGUCGUACUCAAAUUACGAUGCAUUGAGACAAGUGUACAGAGAGUAAACAGGGCCAGUAUUCAUGGUAGCCUGAGACAUGUUACCGCUUGGCUUUAUUUAUUCUAUACUACUAUUUCUUCUUUUAUGUUUGCUUCUAGUUUUUGCCAAAAUUAUCAUUGAAUGCUUUGAUUGUUCUUUAUUUAAGAUAAAAAUAGAAUUGAAAAUUAAUUUGUUCUUGUACGUAAAUAUGUAAUUUAUGAGUUAAAAUUGUUUUCCUUUUUUUUUUUUUGAACAAGUGGAAAUAAACUUAUUUGUCUGCCCAAAAUGACUUUCAGGCUUCCUGGACACAUUAAUUGUAAUGAUCAGUGUUGCACUACUCAGCGUGGAAACCCUGUUCCACACUGCUACUCAGAAUUAUUGAACAAGGAAAUUAACGUGGAUGAGGAAUUUGUUGAAAAGACGCUGUAUUAUUUUGAUGUUGCAGUCACAUACAUGAACCCCAUCUAUUAAAACAUGCUCAUAUCCAGUAAUAAAGACAAGAAUGAUCUUUUA